ACUGCACCAGGAGCUCAGAGGGAUAUGGGAUAUUUUCACAACAUACUAUGACUCAAGAUGUAUAUAAACACCAUGUCAUAAUCCCAGAUGUAUCUUCAGCCUUUCACAGCAAAGAUCCAUCAUCUGAUUAUUUUCAAUGGAUCCGAUCUUCUGAUUUACCACAGACUGCUAAGCAAAACAAAGAACACAGAAGGGGUGAACAUCAAAUACGAGAGAAGCCAUUUUCAUGCUCAGAAUGUGAGAAAUGUUUUAAUGCUAAAUCAGAACUUGUUAGACAUCAGAGAAUUCACACAGGGGAGAAGCCAUUUUCAUGUUCAGAAUGCGGGAAAUAUUUUACCCAGAAGCAAGAACUUGGUAUACAUCAGAGAAUUCACACAGGGGAGAAGCGAUUUUCAUGCUCAGAAUGUGGGAAAUGUUUUAAUCGGAAAUCAAAUCUUGUUAUACAUCAGAGAAUUCACACAGGGGAGAAACCAUUUUCAUGUUCAGAAUGUGGGAAAUAUUUUAUCCAGAGGCAAGAUUUUGUUAUACAUCAGAGAACUCACACAGGGGAGAAGCCAUUUUCAUGCUCAGAAUGUGGGAAAUCUUUUAAUUCUAAAUCAUAUCUUGUUAGACAUCAGAGAAUUCACACAGGGAAGAAGCCAUAUUCAUGCUCAGAAUGCGAGAAAUGUUUUAAUGCUAAAUCAGAUCUUGUUAGACAUCAGAGAAUUCACACAGGGGAGAAACCAUUUUUAUGCCCAGAAUGUGGGAAAUGUUUUAAUCGGAAAUCAAAUCUUGUAAUACAUCAGAGAGUUCAUACAGGGGAAAAGCCAAAUCAUUUAAGUUGUAGUCCAAGCAAGGGAAUAACUCCUGCUGUCCUAUCAUUUAUGGUUGUCAUUCUAAUUACUGAUCUUCCACACGACUUCUCCAACCUUCUGAUGACUUCUAUAAUAUUUGUUUCACAGUUUGUUAAUCCAGGUGAAGAUCUGAACAAUAUUAAUCCUACAGAGACAGAUGUGAGGGGUGAUGAGCAGAGUAUAGAGGACAUUCCUACAGAUAACCGCCCAGAAGACUGCACCAGGAGCUCAGAGGGACAUGGGAUAUCGUCACAACAUACUUUGACUCAAGAUGUAUACGAACAGCACGUCAUUAUCCCAGAUGUAUCCUCAGACUUUCGCAGCAAAGAUCCAUCAUCUGAAUCUUUUCAAUAUAUCCGAUCUUCUGAUUUAUCACAUUUAUCAUUUAUAAAGCAAAACAAAGAACACAGAAGUAGUGUACAUCAAAGACGAGAGAAGCCAUUUUCAUGCUCAGAAUGUGAGAAAUGUUUUAGUGCUAAAUCAUAUCUUGUUAGACAUCAGAGAAUUCACACAGGGGAGAAGCCAUUUUCAUGUUCAGAAUGUGGGAAAUAUUUUACCCAGAAGCAAGAACUUGGUAUACAUCAGAGAAUUCACACAGGGGAGAAGCCAUUUUCAUGCUCAGAAUGUGGGAAAUGUUUUAAUUGGAAAUCAAAUCUUGUUAUACAUCAGAGAAUUCACACAGGGGAGAAACCAUUUUUAUGUUCAGAAUGUGGGAAAUCUUUUAUCCAGAAGCAAGAUCUUGUUAUACAUCAGAGAACUCACACAGGGGAGAAGCCAUUUUCAUGCUCAGAAUGCGAGAAAUGUUUUAAUGCUAAAACAGAUCUUGUCAGACAUCAGAGAAUUCACACAGGGGAGAAGCCAUUUUCAUGCUCGGAUUGUGGGAAAUGUUUUAAUCGGAAAACAAAUCUUGGUUUCCAUCAGAAAACUCAUACAGGGGAAAAGCCAAAGCUUUCAAGUUGUAGUCCAAGAAAGGGAAAUAAAUGUAAAUGAUGAUUGAGAAAUUUAUGUAAUUACGAAUAAAUCUCUUAUUUAAAAGCAUAUAGAAACUUCUUUGCGAAAUCACUUUGCUUUUAAGAUGGUGCAGAAAACAUGAAAAUCACAAUA